AGGUCGUUCUUUGCUGCGGGGAGUCGUCAUGUGGCAGUGAGUUCAGUGAGUGACGAGACCCGCGUGAAGCGUCAGGAAAGUCCUGCAGUGACCUGCAUAUACAUAUACAGUGGUGAACAGAAAAGAAAAACAGCAGAGAGGAAACGUGGACUGACGACUCAAGUUUCCUCCUUGCGAAAUCUGUGUCGAUUCCGGCGUGAUCCGAAUCCGAAAAAAAAAGGAAUAACGAAGCAAACAUGACGAAAAUCGGGAUCGAUCGGCGAUUAAAACGACCGCGUCGGUGGUCAUCCAUUCUGAUGACGACGUGUGUCGCGUUUUUCCUGUGUUUUUCGUCGUUGUGCAGUGCAUUCAAUGUGGAUGUUCUGCAUCCGAUCAUCUUCGAAGAUCCUGGAAUCGGUGGUGGCUGGAACGGAAGGGACUCGUACUUCGGGUUUUCCGUCGCAUUGCACAAUUUCACAGAUUCGGUCAGCGAUCUCACGACUUGGGUGUUGGUUGGAGCUCCGAGAGGCAAUCGUUCCAGUUCGCUUUAUCCACCCGCAACUGGCAACGACAGGGUCGUGGAACCCGGAGUGCUGUACAAGUGCAGUCUUUGGUCUGACAAAGAUUCUUGUGUUGAAGUGGUGCUUGAUCAAACUGUCGGGCCAAAUGAGCCAUUCAUCAUCGUUUCUGAGGAAGGUACUCCGCCGCCUCAUGCGCUUGUCAUCCACUUCCGAUUCCGCCGCAGAUGCCUG